AUGACAAAUAAAGAUCGUCAUCACACCUCCUCCUCCUCCAAUAAUAAUAAUAAUAAUAAUAACAAUAAUAAUUAUAAUGCUAUUAAAAGGAAACUACCAUCUUCAUCAUCAUCAUCGGCUGUUGGUGGUGGUGGUAGUGGAAGUGGUUCAGCCAUCAUUUCACCAUUCUUUAGUAGAUUUAUGAUUAGUAAUAGUGGUAUUGGUAAUAAAAGCAAUCCCUAUCUAUCAUCUUCAUCACCAUCAUCAUCUUUAAUAAAGAGUCAUUUAAAUAACUUAAACAGCACAAAUAAUCAAUCUUUAAAUAGAUAUGAUAAUAAUAAUAAUAAUAAUAAUAAUAGUAAUAAUAACGACGAUACAACUAGUAAUAGCAGUAGUAGAAUAUCUAAAAGGGGUGGUGGUGGUGGGGUUGGAAAAGACGAUUUGCAUUUUGACAAUAGUCCCACCAACACAAACGAAUAUUACUCGUCGGAUGAUGAUUCUGAUGGAGAGUAUGGUGCAAAAUAUAUAGCUGCACUUCAAAAUAAAGGUAAACAACAUCCUUCUCCUUCGUCGUCAGUAUCUUCAUCUCCAUCACAACCUAUUAUACUUUAUUCAACACCUAAUACAGCAUCACCGAAAGCUGCAGCUGCAGCACCGACAUCAACUAAAUUAUCAUCUCCUCCUCCGACUAUACUUUAUUCAACAGCAUCUUCUACUACUACGACUACUACUACUACUGCAACAGUACAUACAUCUCCAUCUUCACCUUCACCGACAUCAACGAAGAUAUCAUCUCCUCCUCCUCAACCUCCUCAACCUUCACAUAUACAAACUAAAGUAAAAUCAUCACCUCUUUCUCCUCCUCCUCAACUUCCAUCUCCAUCUCUUCCUCCAAUUGUAUUUUAUUCAACUGCAACGAAUAUCCCCCAGAAUGGUCAUAUACCUUCUUCCUCUUCUUCUUCUUCAGCUGCUAGCAUAGUCGGCUCAACAGCGACAACAACAACAACAACAACAGGAUCAUCACUACAAGAACAAUAUCAACAAUUACAAUUAAAAUUACAACAACAAAGACAAUUACACGAGCAACAACAAAAAGAAUUACAAUUACAAACUUUAGUGUUGAUGCAACAAGAACGCAAAAUAAGAGAAUUAGAAGCACUUGAACAACAACUUAUUCAACAAAUUCAACAAGAACAACAACCUCAACAACAACAACAACAACAACAACAACCUCAACAACUUCAACCCUUUCCAGAUGGAGGUUCAGUAGAAUUUGUAGCCUAUGCACAAAAAGAGAAAAAGCCAAAGAAAACAAGAACAACUGCAGCAUCUGUAGAUCCAGUCAACCCUACUAAAACAUGUUUACAUCCUCGUCAUCAAUUGUUAUGUAAUACUUCUCCAGAUGGUAUACCUUGGUCUGAUUUUUAUAUGAGUAGAGGAAAACCAUUAUCAAAAUGUAAAAUAUGUCAUAUUGAUGAUCAAAAUCAAAAGAGAAAGAUAAAUACCGAGACUAUAUCACACAAGGAUGAUCCGCUGAACCAUUUUGCCACAACGAUCAAUUUGGAAAAACAAAUCAAGGGUUGUGCAUGUCCUAUUCAUACCAAGAUUUGUGGUACUCCAUCGGAUCAAGUUCCACUGACCGAGUUUUAUAACUCUGGCACCAGCUAUUCGAAAAAGUGUAUAAAGUGUUUCGAUGACUAUAUCGAAAGAGAAAAACAUAUUGGAGGUCAAAGAAUUUCAAAUUCCUAUCCACUAGUCAUUGGAAAAAGAAAGAUUGAUGAUCUUGAUGAUAAUAAUCAAAAUGGUUCGGUGGUGACCACCACCACUCCAACCUCUCCAACCACUCCAACUACUACUACUACCACAAUCAAUUCAUCUUUAUUGACUACUCCAAAUAAUACUAGUCCGACUACUACUAGUCCACCUCUGGUUUCAUCUGUUCCACCAUUACCAUUCUCUUCAUCUGAUUCAGUGUCUACAACACCAGAGAUGAAAAGGAAAAAGAUUAAAAGUGAUUCACGUAAACUCGAAAAUAUCAAAGGUCAAACAUUGGAUUGUAAUCAUCCAAAUCAUCAAGAAUGGUGGGGUUACAAACCAACUGAUCUCGUCCUAACAGAGUUUUAUUUAAUUGGAAAUUGUUUUAGAAAGAUUUGUAAAAAGUGUUUCUGUCGAAGAAAUAAAUUAAAUAAUCCAGAUAAUAAUAUGGAUCAUCCAAUCAAUCAUAUUGAUCCAAACCUUACCAAAUCAUGUACAGAUACCAAACAUAGCGAACGAUGGGGUACCAGUCCCGACAAUCUACCAUUGAAACAGUUUUAUCUUCGAAAUGGACGGUACUCUCUAACAUGUCGAAAAUGUUAUUCUUUCUAUCAAUUCCAAAGAAAAAAGGCUAGAAUUGCAAGAAAGGAGGUUGGUGCGACCGACAAUGAAUUAUUGAUGGAUCAAGAUCAACAGACAACAUCAUCAUCAACAUCAUCAACAACUACACCACAACAACAACAAGAUGUUACUGAUGAUACAUUAAUGUAUCCACGUUAUAUUAAUGAUCCAACACACAAACAUAAUAUUAGUUCACCAAUCAAUGUUGAUCCACAUAAUCCAAACACAAAGGUAUGCACCAAUAUUAAACAUGAAGAGUGGUGGGGAACCAAACCAUAUGGACUUGCUCUCACAGAGUUCCCAUGGGGUUCCUCCAAAUCCAGAACCAUCUGUCAGAAAUGUUACUUUCACAAGAGAAAGUAUCACUCGGUUCACGUUGACAAUUCCAUCGAUGCCACCAAUGCCAGCGACCACAAUGACAGCAAGAUUCUUAAAAAUGUCGAUUUUUUGGUUACAAAGUCUUGCUCGGAAUCAAAUCAUCAAGAUUGGUGGGGUACAUCUCCAAAAGAUAUGGCUCUUUCAGAUUUUGAUACUCGUAAAGGUCAAUAUGUUUCAUCUAAAUGUACACGUUGUUAUCAUAAAACUCAAAAUGAAAAAUAUAAAAAGAGAUCAGAAACUUUGAGAAAUCAAAAGAUCAAUGGUGAUAGUAAUAGUAUUAAUAGUAAUAGUGGUGAUGAUACCCAAGAUAAUAUGGAUUUAGAUAAUGAUAUGGAUGGUAUGGACAUGGAUAUGGAUAUGGACAGCAUGAAUAGUUUUGAUGAAGAUGAUUUUUAUCCAGAUGAUUAUGAAGAUUUUGAUGAUGAUGAAUUGUCAGAUCUUGAUCAAGAUGAAGAUGACGAUGAUGAUGAUGAUGAUACUGAUAUUGAAGAUGAAUCUUUUUCUUCUUCUUCUUCUUAUACUAGAGUAUCAGGUGUCACUGGAAUUGCCCCUCAUGGGUCAGUUUCCACUGCUUCUACCAUUCUUGGUUCUUCACCUGCUCUACAUUCUUCUUCUUCAGCUUCAGUUACUCCCCAACUACAAUCAUCAUCUUCUUCACCUGCUCAACUUUCAGUUCCAAAUACUCCUCCUCUACAACCUUCUGUUGCUCCUACAUCUACAACCUCUACAACAUCUACAGGAGAUAAUAGAGUUCCAGUAUAUACACCACCAGUAAAGAAAAAACAAAAGUAUACACCUAAAAAGGAUAGAAAAAAGAGAAACUUUGUGAAUCCACCUAAACCUAGGUUGAUAUCAAAGGCAACGAUCGACCCUAUGAAUGGAACCAAGACUUGUUGUAACGAGACACAUCUUGAACUCACAGGUACCAGUCCCCUCAACCUGCCAUUGUCAGAGUUUUACACUUUUACUGGAAAGGCACCAACCAGUCGUUGCAAAGUUUGCUAUUUGGAUGAGCAAACACAAAGAAGAAAAAAGAAACGUGAAAUUCAACAAAAUACUCUUCUAUUGCAAAGUAGCAAUACUCCAAACAACCCAUUUUACAAACCAAAUGGCAGUGCCACCGAUGACACCAACAACAACACCAACAAAAAAACAGAAAAAACAGAAAAAAAAAACACUUCCACUUCUACUUCCAAUCCAAGUGUAAAUAAUAAUCAAGCUACAACGACUAAAACUCCACGAUCAAGUAAAACGACUAAAACUUCAAAAGCAACUCCAACAACAACAACACCUACAACAGCUUCAGCCACUCCAAUAACACCUGCAAUGGCUCCAGCAACUCCAGUAGCUACUCCACCAACAACAACAGCUCCAGUUGCUACUUCACCAACUACAGCUCCAGCUCCAGUAGCUACUCCAACAACUACCGCUCCAGCAACACCAAUAACACCUACAACUCCAGCAACCCCUACAGCUCCAGCUCCAGUAGCUACUCCAACAACUACAACACCUGCAAUGGCUCCAGCAACUCCAGUCGCAAUUUCACCAACUACAGCUCCAGUAGUGACUACAGCUCCAGUAGUAACUACAGCUCCGAUAGUAAUGACAACUCCAAUUACAACACCUACAACAGCUCCAGUAGCUACUCCACCAACAACAACAGCUCCAGUCGCUACUUCAACAACAACUACAGCUCCAGCUCCAGUAGCUACUCCAGCAACAAACUACGCUCCCAGCACACUACAUCCACCAACAACAGCUCCAAUAGUAAUGACAAUUCCAAUAGUAAUGACAACUCCAAUUACAACACCUACAACACCAGUAGCUACUCAAACAACAACAACAACAACAACUACCGCUCCAGCAACACCAAAUCCACCAACAACAGCUCCAAUAGUAAUGACAAUUCCAAUUACAACACCUACAACAGCUCCAGCUCCAGUAGCUACUCCACCAACAACAACUCCAGCUCCAGUAGCUACUCCACCAACAACUACAGCUCCAGUAGUAACUACAGCUCCGAUAGUAAUGACAAUUCCAACAAUACCUACAACAGCUCCAACCCCACCACCAAUUCCAGCUCCAUUAGCUCCAGUAGCCACUCCAAUAACAACCACAGCUCCAGUAGCAACUCCACUAACAACUACAGCUCCAGCUACUCCAAUCACUCCAGUAGCAACCCCACAACAACCACAACAAUCAAAUCAAUCUGAACCAGUUUCUUCAAAACAAUAA